AUGAUCGAUCAAAAGAAAUCUAAAGGAGAAAAGUAUUCUUCUGUGAAGGACGUCUUGCAUUCUUUGAUAUCACAAUCCAGUUUACAUGGAUUUCCCAGAAUCCUCUCCUCCACACAUUGGUAUCAGAAGAUUCUCUGGACGAUCCUGGUGUGUGUGACCUGUGGAUUCCUGGUUUACCAACUUUACCAACUCUUUUACGAGUUCAACAACUACCCCACCAAAACCAAAGUCUCUAUCAAGAGAGGAACUUUACAAUUUCCUGCCGUUUCUAUUUGCAACAUGAAUCCGGUGAAGAAUUCCUCGUUAGCUCUUAUUGAUGGAACUGAGUUCUAUAAGGUUAUGACACUUGACCCAAAUGAGAUCAGUGUAGAUAUAGAAGUUACUUAUGACCAAAACUUAGAAAAUAACAAUUCUUCUGACAGUUUCGAUCUGAAUGAGCACAAUUCAAAGUCAGACUAUGAGUACUAUUAUAAUCCGGAAACGAACAAUGGAAGUUCUGGAGAUUAUGAGAAUUAUGAUAAUGACUUCAGCUGGGCGAAUGACAUCACUUUUAGUGUAGACGGGUCAAAUAUACAACAGUCAUUGGAUGAUUUUGCAAAUUAUAUCAAAAGCCUAAAUUCUUGGGAAGAUGACGAAUGGAGUGAAGACGUCAAGAAGUUUAGAACACUCUUCCAGAACCAGUCCAAAGAAACCCGGAAAUCCCUGGGACAUUCUAUCCAAGAUAUGCUGUUGACCUGCGCCAUCAACGGGAAGAAAUGUUCAGCAGAAAAUUUCACACUGUUCCAAACUCUAGACUACGGAAACUGUUACACACUGACCAAUGAUUUGUUCGUCACCAGGAGAACGGGUCCUCUGAACGGCCUACAGAUGAUAUUACAGUUGGAGAAAUUCGAACACAUAGAACACUAUGUAGAUGGUUCUGGUUUUCGACUCGUUCUACAUGAACCGGGAACCUUCCCUUUCCCGGUCGCCGAAGGCUUCACGCUUAGCGCCGGUUAUGAAACUACGAUUGGUAUGAAAAUGGAGCAAGUGACACGUGCAGGUCCUCCAUAUGGUACCUGUGAGGAAGGGGACAACUUCUUUAAAACUUAUGGAAUCCGUUAUACUACGACGGCUUGUCUCCACGUUUGCAGAAAUAGGAAAGUGAUGGAAAUAUGUAAAUGCCGACCAUCGGAAACAAUCGUGGACAUAAAGUUCAUGGACAUAUAUAUAACACUGCCAGUUUGCGCAGCACUUGUCAAUGAUAGUUUGAGAAAGGAUAAUAAGAUGAAACAAUGCGAGGAAUUCAUCUAUUAUGAAAUCGAAGAAAACCACAUUAACUGCGGCUGUGCCACUCCUUGCAGGCAAACGUUAUACCAAUUCACUUCCUCUGGGCGGGUCUGGCCAGCAGAAUCAUUUCUGAGAGACGAAUUGUUAGAUGCAAUGUGCAGGAAUCAAAAUCAUUCUCAUUGCAUCCAAUUUAUGGAGGGGAAUUUUGAUUUCCACUACAAAGAUAACUUUUUAAAGUUGGUCAUCUAUUAUGAAGACCUGAACUUCGAAGAGCUAACCGAGGAACCGUUAUAUGACGGAUUCAGAUUUUUGUCGGACAUCGGAGGAACGAUGGGUCUCUUCCUGGGUGCUUCGCUUCUGAGUUUUGUUGAAAUUAUUCAGCUUUUGGUGGAGCUCCUUAAUUAUCUACGUCGCAAAUGUUUCAAGAACAAGAACUCCAGUAUAUUUGUAGAAUCGACGAAAGACACGACCGUCGUUGACAACAUACAUGCAUUUACAAUGACUAACGACAAGAGAGAUAAAGUAUAGAAGCAUUCCCUGCAUACUGUGAGGAGGAAGAGAAUUUUGUUAUUCAUUUAUUUGUUUAUUUUUAUCUAUUUAUAUAAAUUUUUAAUUUUAUUUUGCACACUUUCAAUCAAUUAAAGCUUCCUAUGUUCCAAUGUGUAUUAGAGUUUGAUAAAUAUAUCAGUACUACGGUAUUAUAUGAAUAAAAUGAAACAAAAAACAUACACACAAAAACCUACAGUUGUAGGGAUAAAAU